CAGGAACAUGUGGUCUAUAGUAAAGAGAUCCAGACAACCGAGGGCUCGUUUGACACACCACAACUAUCAGAAGAAGAGAUCCGUCGACAGAUUGUCGAGGAAUUUGAACAGGAGGAAAGGCAACGUCAGGCAGUCAUCGAAGAAGAAAAAAAACGAGCUGAACAAGAAAAGAGUGAAGAAUUCAGAGAUUUGACUGAAGAAGAACGCAAAAUGAUUGUGUCAACACCCGAGUUUCUUGAUUUUGUUGAUACCUCGUCAAAAGUUGUUGAAAGAGCUCUGAAUGAGAAAUAUGAUUUCAUGAAAGAUUAUACCCUUGGCGUCGAUGUCGAAAGUGAUGAGAGUUCAGGAAAGCGAGUCAAAUACGUUUGUGAAUUCUGGGAUGAAAAGUGGUCCAAGAACAGAUCGGUCACUGAUGUUGACUGGUCAUCCAAAUACCCCGAGCUACUCGUAUCUUCCUAUAACAAAAACCCAAUGGCACUAAACGAGCCAGAUGGUGUUGCGCUUGUGUGGAACCUUCAUUUGCUAGAACGCCCUGAAUUUGUAUUCCACUCACAGUCGGAUGUCUUAAGUGUCAAGUUUAGUGAAUUCCAUCCCAACUACGUGAUCGGUGGUACCUAUUCCGGUCAAAUUGUACUCUGGGAUACCCGUGCCAAGUCCCUUCCUGUGUUGAAGACUCCUUUGUCUGCAGGAGGACAUACUCAUCCUGUUUAUUCACUUGAGAUGGUUGGAACACAAAAUGCACACAAUCUUAUAUCCGGUAGUACCGAUGGGUUUAUUUGCUCAUGGCAACUUGACAUGCUUGCCCAGCCUCAGGACUAUCUUGAGCUGCUUCAUCCUGCCCACAAUAAGACAGAUGAAGUGUCUGUGACAUGUGUAGGAUUCCCAGAUAAUGAAACCACUACCUUCUGGGUAGGAACCGAGGAGGGUAAUGUUUAUCAAGCCAAUCGUUACGAUCGCGCCGGAAGCAAGGCAGGAAUCAACCAAUAUGAUACUUAUAAAGGACAUCACGGCAUGGUUACUGGCAUGCAAUUCCACCCUCUUGUGGGACCUGUUGAUUUCUCUGACCUCUUCUUGACAUCUUCUGUUGACUGGACAGUCAAACUUUGGCGUUCAAAGUCUGUGUCAAAGACAUCGACACAACCUACUACUAUCACUCCCCUGUACUCCUUUGAACAGGCUGAUGAUUACGUGUAUGAUGUAAAGUGGUCUCCAUCACACCCUGCUCUUUUUGGAUCUGUAGAUGGCCAUGGACAAUUUGAUCUGUGGAAUUUGAAUGCUGACACAGAGGAACCAUUUGUGAGCACGCCGGUUGGAUCUGGCAAGGCAUUGAACAAGUUGGCUUGGGAUAAAGAAGGCAAGAAGACCGCGAUAGGUUCAAGCGACGGUCGUGUCUAUGUUUAUGAUAUUGGAGAGAUUGCCAAUCCAAAGCCGGAUGACUGGCAUUUGCUUCAGAAGAAUAUUUCUGAAAUGAUA